AUGCAGUGGGCACGACAAAAAGGAUUCCCAUGGAGCGUGGACAUCGUCAAAACAUCCGAAAAAGCUGCCGUAAAUGGGCAGCUGGAAAUGCUGCAAUGGCUGCAUGCAAAUGGUUGUCCAUGGGAUGCAUCGACAUGUGCUUGGGCUGCUAAAAAUGGACACUUGGAAAUUUUGAAGUGGGCUCGUGCAAAUGGUUGUCCAUGGGAUGCAAGCACAUGUGGGUGGGCUGCUCAAGGUGGACAUUUGGAAAUUUUGAAGUGGGCUCGUCAAAAUGGUUGUCCGUGGCAUUCAUCAACAUGCGGGUGGGCUGCUGAAAACGGACAUUUGGAACUCUUGAUUUGGGCUCACGAAAAUGGUUGUCUGUGGAAUGAAGGGGUAUACACAGCCGCUGCUGGGAGAGGACAUUUUGAAAUGCUACAGUGGGCUCAUGAAAAUGGUUGUCCAUGGGAUGCAAACACAUGCUCCUCCGCUGCUCGAGGUGGACAUUUUGAAGUUUUAAAGUGGGCUCGUGCCAAUGGUUAUCCGUGGGAUGCAUGGACAUGUACUUUGGCUGCAACAAAUGGAAAUCUUGAAAUCUUAAUAAAGUGGGCUCGUGAAAAUGGUUGUCCAUGGGAUGAAUUGACAUGUCAAUAUGUGGCGCAAUGGGGACAUUUGGCAGUUUUAAAGUGGGCUCAUGAAAAUGGUUUGUCCAUGGGAUGCAGACACAUGUGGGUGGGCUGCUCGAUUUGGACAAUUGGAAUUCUUGAAGUGGGCUCGUGA